AUGUUUCUGAGUCGCACUUUCCUUGUGGCCUUUACUACUUCUAUAUUUUUCAAAGUUUCUUGUUCAUCAUCCCAGUUCAAUUUAGAUGGAGAUUACUUACUGGGUGGCCUUUUUCCAAUGCAUGAAGUUGAACAGGUGGUACCCAUGUUGUACCCGGAUGCCAUCGUAUGUAAACGGCAAACCUUCACAACAUUUGGUUAUCUUCUGUUUCAAGUCAUGAGGUUUACUGUUGAAGAGAUUAAUAACUCAACCACCCUGCUGCCAAAUGUCUCUCUGGGUUAUGAAGUUUUUGAUCAUUGUUCUGAAACAAAGAAUUUCCCUUCAGUCUUCAGUUUUCUCUCACAGAAUGGAUCAAUAAAACCUCGGGAAAAACUCAACAAUCAUCAGUCUAAAAUCAUUGCUUUAACAGGGCCAUAUGGAAGCUCAAGAAGUAUUGCUGUUUCACCACUUAUGGCAAUUGACCUAAUACCGAUGGUGAAUUAUGGAGCUUCCAGUUACGAACUGAGUGAUAAACUUAAGUAUCCAUCUUUUUUACGAACAAUCCCUAGCAACAAUGACUUGGUACAGAUGAUUACUCGCAUCAUCCUGUGGUUUGGAUGGAACUGGGUUGCUUUUCUUGGAGGCCCAGACAAUUACAGUGAAGAUGGCCUAAACCUGUUUUACAAGUAUUCUGGGAAUGCUGGCAUUUGUUUGGCUUAUCAAGAGACUGUCACAAUGCAGGGAAACUACAGUCAAACACUUAAAAAUAUCAAUAGGCUGAACAUUAAUGUCAUUGUGGUUUUUUCUUUGGCAAUGUAUGCAGAAAACAUACUGAGGGCAGCCAUAGCAAACAACAUCCAGGACAAAGUUUGGAUUGCAAGUCAAACAUGGGCUAUGGAUCAGCAGCUUUUAAAUGCGCCGGGAAUUAAGAAAAUUGGUAAAAUUAUUGGCAUUACGGAGAGAUUGUUGUCAUUGCCUGGAUUUGAUACGUUUAUUUAUAAAAACAAAGCAAAAAUGAAUAAAGAUAAUACAAGUGAUGCUGUAGUCCAGAGCAGGAUGUGCAAUCAAGAAUGUAAGGAAGGUCCGUUGUUGACUGCAGAGCAAAUUUUAAACGAAAACCCCACAUUCUCCUUUGGUGCCUAUGCUUCUGUAUAUUCCAUAGCUCAUGCGUUACAUAAAAUUCUGCAGUGCAACAUGAACGAAUGCCGCAGAAACAUAACAGUUAAGCCAUACAUGCUUCUCAGAGAAAUUAAGAAGUUGGAUUUUCCACUCAAUGGCCGUCAGGUGAAAUAUGAUGUUAAUGGUGAUCCAACCAUCAGUUACGCUGUAGUGCUCUGGCACACUGAAACAAAUCCUCCACGGAUUGAGAUGGUGGGCACUUAUGACACGUAUCCAGAAAUUAAUUUUACCAUCGACAACUCACUCAUGCCCUGGCGUAACAAUACCUCUGUUCCUUUCUCAAACUGCUCAGUUGAGUGCAGCGAGGGACAUAUAAGGGUGCGUGAGGGAUUUCAUAUAUGCUGUUUUCGGUGUAAAAAAUGUCUUCAGAAUACCUAUGUGGAUUAUACUCGAGACCCCUAUACCUGUUUUCCAUGUGCAGAGAGUCAAUGGUCUGAUGAAGGCAGCACAACCUGUAAAACACGUACUGUUGUCUAUCUACAGAUCACAGAAAUCCCCUCUAUUCUUGUCAUAUUUUCUACUAUAUGUCUGAUUACUCUGCUCACUUUUAUCUUUUGUCUUUUUGUCUACAAUUACAACACACCAGUGGUGAGAUCUGCUGGCGGCAACAUGUGUUUCCUAAUGUUAGCGUGUUUAACAAUGUCUAGCGCAAGUGUGUUCUUUUUCUUUGGACAACCCACAUCUGUACAUUGUGUUCUGAGAAGUUUUAUAUUUACAUUUUUCUUCACUAUCUGUCUCUCUUGUUUGACUGUUCGUUCCUUUCAAAUCGUUUGUGUCUUCAAAAUGGCUGCAGAGUUCCCUAAAUUACACAGCUUGUGGGUAAAGCACAACGGCCAGUGGCUCUUCAUUGUGUCGUCUUCUUUUAUUCAUUUAAUUUCUUGUGUAUUAUGGGCAACUGUCUCACCUGACGAUCCCGUCAGGGACUCAAUAACUUUUAAUGACCAAAUUAUGCUAACUUGUGAAAGAAGAAACACCGUAACCAUCAGCAUAGCUUUGUUCAUAAGUUGGUUUCUUGGUUUCCUGUGCAUCUCAUUUUCUUACAUGGGAAGAGAUCUGCCCAAAAAUUACAAUGAAGCCAAAUCGAUUACCUUUAGUUUGCUUUUGUACUAUCUGAGCUGGAUUACAUACUUCACAAUAUAUCUCAGCUUCAAAAGCAAAUACGUCCUGCUUUUGAAUGCGCUGGCCCAAAUAACCAGUAUAUAUGGAAUUCUCUUCAGCUAUUUCAUACCAAAAUCUUACAUCAUGUUAUUUCAACCAAAGAAAAACACUGCUGCAUACUUUCAAACAUCUAUUCAGAAUUACACACAAACUAUUAGUAGAAGUUAA